GUGAGACACAUCUUGUGCGAGAAACACAGUAAGUGCAUGGAGGCCAUGGAGGAGUUGAAAAAGGGUGAGCACUUCAACACUGUGGCGGAGAAGUACAGCGAAGAUAAGGCCCGUUCCGGUGGCGACCUCGGCUGGAUGACCCGGGGCUCCAUGGUUGGACCCUUCCAGGAUGCGGCAUUUGAGCUCACACCGUCGACUGUCAAUAAACCCAUCUACACGGAUCCCCCCGUGAAGACGAAAUUUGGUUACCACAUCAUCAUGGUUGAGGGACGGAAGUAG